AUGAAGUUGCAAGCGGUCCUUCUCACCUGUUUCCUUCCUUCAGUCUUUGGCUACUGGAACUGCAAGCUUCCCGUCGGCACCGGCGACUACGGACUUUGCCUUGAGAAUGGCAAUGAGAACAAUGCCCUAGCUUGUGGAGAGAGUAACCCGUGUAAAGUCCUCGGAAACGGAUGUAUACCGCUCGGAGCAGGCACAGCCAACUGUUCGUGA